GAACAGACUAAUUUACUUCCCGGGAUUAUAUAGAUAUGCAUCCAUUUUAUUUUAUCACUGCCUCCCCCCAUCCCCAAUUCUACGGAGCACUUUCCCUACUCACACUCACUUUGCUCCCAGAAAACCCCAGCCCGCCCAGAGCGCCACCGGCACCGCAAUGUCCAGCGACGACGAGCUCCGCGGCCUCCUGGUACAGGAAUCCACCACCGCGAUCGUCUCCGGCGCCGAUCCCUCCCGCCCCACGGCCCGAUCGGCCCACUUCCUUCUCCCCCGCGCGGGGGGCGCUCGCCUCCCUGCUCUGCCAUCCCCGCCCCGCAAUGCCGGCCCUGUUCUUGGCGACCAGCUCCCUGUCGAUUGGACGGCCUGGCCCGGCUCCUCGAAGCUGUGGAGGCGGUGGGUGGCCAGGCUUCGGCCGCGGCAUGAGCGCCUCUGGCGGAAGCUUGGGAUCUUGGACGCCGUCCUCGCGACCACCGGCUGGGUGCGGCGGGACGAGGGCCUGCUGCUCCAGCUUGCGGGUUUCUGGUCCGGCGAGACCAACACGUUCCUCUUCCCGUGGGGCGAGGCCACGGUGACGCUGGAGGACAUGGCCGUGCUCGGGGGCCUGCCCCUGCUGGGCAGGCCUGUGUGGUCGCGGCUCCCGGACGAGCUCCGCGGGGACGUGGACGCGCUCGAAGCCGCCCGGAUCGCGCUCAACAGAUGCACGAACAAGAAACCCUCGUUUGCCCCGUGGGUUAAGCAAUUCGUCGAGCGGCCGACAGGGGAGGUCGUUGCCGCCGGCAGAGGAGAGACCGAGGCGGCCACAUUGCUCGAGCACGGGGCGUUUCUGGCCAUGUGGUUGACCAGAUACGUGCUUCCGGCGCAGCCAUUCGACGUGGUCAGACCGGACGUGUUCCCCCUCGCCGCCGGGCUGGCACGCGGCAGGUGCUCGGCCCUCGCACCCGCCGUUCUUGCCAACAUCUACAAUGACCUCUCCGCACUCAGUCACCACUUAAGCUUGGGCACCAGCCAUCAGCCGUUCGUGGCGAGUGCGCCGCUGCACAUCCUCCAGCUAUGGGUCUGGGAGCGCUUCCCAGAGCUGCGUCCUGAGGCUGAGAUACCAAGCACUGCCUCCCACGGCGACGAUCCCGGCGUGCCGAGGGCCGCCAAGUGGCACAACAUCAGAAACCCGCUUGAUCAUGGCUACAUCCACGCCGUGCUCAUGUCCCCGGAGGAGUUCCAAUGGAGGCCUUACGGAGGCAGUAGCUUUGCUCUGCCACAAGGCAAAGAUGGCAAAGAUGGCUGCUGGGUGCUCUGCCAUGAUGUAGUAACAAGCAAGGAGCUGCAGUCCUUUGCGCAGUGUCUGCUACCUUGCGAGCUCGUCGGCAUGCAAUGCAUCGAGCACUACUGUCCGCACCGCGUCGCAAGGCAGCUCGGCUUCGAUCAGGACGUACCCGGGACUAUCGCCCGUGCCAAUUCAUGCCGAAAGACCGCAUGGGCGACUUACAGGAUGCGGCCUGAAGACGUUUCGUUCUUCGUUCCACGACGUGAUCCGGGCAUGACGGUUGAAUACGCGCAAUGGUGGAAGCCUUACUCGUCGGCAUGUGCUGUUGCUGUUGCUAAUGCUGAAAGGAUGAAACAACUUCAUGCUGCAGCUAUUAGCCCAAGAACGACGAAAGCUGAUGGUUAUGAGCUUGCUAAUAAUGUCCAAAGUGAUACACCUCCCAGUCAAGGAGCAGUUAAUAAAGUAACUCAUGUCACUAGUGUUCAUGUCUUAGAAGGAUCCACUGAUGAUGAAAUGCAGACACACAAUGUCACAGAACAGAAAGAUCAGAGAGCGAAGGUGGAUACAGAAAGCUCUAGUGUUUCGGAAGGAAACAAUGAUGAUGCAUCUUCUGAUGGUGUAGUAUACGGAAAUAAUGUACUGGUCAAGAGAGUAAUUUCUACUAAAACACUCUACUAUCUUCGACCAUUCGAGCGGGUGAAAGGUGCCCAGGUCAGAGAUUCAAGAGCCACCAAUGCAGGUCAAGUGAUUCUCCAACCAGGACGGGAAGUCGGAACAACGGAAAUGAUUAGAGAGGCGUCUGAAGCACGAGAAGCGGAAAAGGUUGAGUUGGAAACGAUAAUCGAUCGUCUCAAGGAACAAGUUGUCGCGCUAGAGAUGCAGUUGCGGGACAGGAGAACUUCUAAAAUUUGAGGUAUAACUUGUUCGUAUAACUUAACAUAAUAUAGCGGUAGCUUGGGUCUUUAGAAGACAUCUCGUGAUGAAGAGUGCCACAAUAUGGUGGGCUAGUCUUGCCAGUGAAAUGAUCUUCAUCAGCUAAUUAUGACUUUGUGAGUGAAGAAACUGCGGCACCUACACCCCAUUAGACUCUAAUUAUAUGUUCCUGGCUGCUAUUUUCUUAUGUUGUGAAAUUCAGGGGAAUGAAUACAUUACUGCUAGUUCGUUUGGUAGUAUAGAUAAACCCUGUGCAAUCUUCACAUAAAACGAUCAAUUUAAUGAGGAGAUGCAUAUGUGUGUGCUCCUGUUAACUGAUGUUUUGGUUUACACAAAUCAAGAUAAUAACUACUUAAACAAACGUUGCUUCACAAUGGAUGUACCAAUGGGCAACUUGUAUACCAAAUUGUGAAACCGAGAAUUCUGUCUGAAGCCAACUGGACUGCUAGAGGUCGAAACCUACCAGGACAUGAACUCACUGGAUGAAUGGAGUCGGCUAAAAAGGAUUUAGUAGCAGAUUUGGGAUGUGGAUAGUUGCAAACAGUUUAUUGAUACAUAACUUGUUUUCUUACUAAAGGUUGCCCAGAUACAGAUUACCUCAUCUGCACUAUCUUCUCUGGACUCUGGGCAUGAUUUUUUUUACGGAUUACUACUAUGUUGUUCUAUUAGUACGCCAGGAUUAUCUUCUUGCUUAUCCCCAUCACAUUUACCACUCAAAGUUGAGGAGCUAGCAAAAGGUACUUUACUAUGCAGAGAAUACAUGGACACAGAAGUGCAGACUGCUCAAAGUUGU